CUCAAUAAAUCAUGGUAUCUAUGAUUAAAUACUGUUGAUGCUUAAACUGCAAGCAUGAGUGGCGAUAAUGCAACAACGGAUAUGGACACUUUUUACCCAAAUGUCCUGUGGGCACAGCGAAAAGAAACUAUCAGCUUGAAAGUUGAAAUUGGUAAAGCAGAUGCUCCAAAUAUUAAACUAAGUGAGACAUCAUUAGACUUUGAAGCUCAAGGAACUGGUGCAACUGGAGAGAAAUAUUAUAAAUUUCACUUGGAUUUCUUUUUACCCAUCGACCCUGAGGGCUGUGUGUAUAAAAUCAGUCCUCAUUCAGUGGAAAUACAAAUUACAAAAGCUGGUGUUGGGAAGUGGUGGCCUCGUCUUGUUCCUGUAGAUCAAAAGAAACCUCAUUUUUUAAAAUUAAAUUUUGAUAAAUGGUCAACUGAAUCCGAUGAAGAAGAACAGAAAGCAGCAGUUCGGGCAAACACUGUUAAUAAUGAAGUUAAAGAUAGUUCGAACCAUAAGAAAACAGCUGGAAAUGUUUACCUACUUACUUAUAAUGGAAUUCAGUUCAUGUUUUUUUCAUUGAUUCUUUUCACCUGUUUAACUGGACGAUUAAGAUCAGGUUCAGAGGUAUGUGCUACAACUUAUGAUACAAUUGGAUGGCUGGUUAUUUUUUCCGUCAUACUUUCGUAUGUUGAGGCUGUGCAUCCAUUGCUAGGUUUAGUUAAGUCUUCUUGGAUUCAACCCUUUAUACAGGUUUCAGGUCGAUGUUUUGCACUUCUAUGUUUAUGGUUAGCUGAACCAACAGCUAAAGAUGGUUGUUCUGUGUCUAAUCUAUUCAUAGCAUGGAGUCUUGCAGAAGUUAUUCGGUAUCCAACAUACACUGCACAAAUACUUGGCAUUGAAUUUAAAGCAUUAUCAUGGUUGAGGUAUCAUGCAUGGAUUAUUCUUUAUCCCUUUGGUGGUUAUAGUGAAUUUGAAGUUAUAUCUGCUGCUGCAAAUUAUUUGGAUGAGAAGAAUAUAUACAAGUUGACACUUCCCAAUAUGUUCAACUUUAGUUUCAAACUGUCUUCAUUCAUGCGAUUAUACACUGCAGUACUUGUAAUAGGUGUUCUUGUAUUAAUGCGACAUAUGUGGAAAAUGCGACAGCGAAAAUUUGGAAAACGAAUGAAAUAUAAACCAGCAUGAUUUGGAUUGUACAAAUCUAGACCAGGGUUUUUUAAACUGUUUAGAAUCAUUGUUUAGUUCUUUACAAAUUUGUUUAAAAGUUAUUGUUUUCAUAAAAUAUUGUGGCAUAUAUGAACUACUUUCAAGGCAGUGCUGCAAAACACAGUUUGGGAAAUCCUGGUCUGUCAUUUUUUUUAUGAUUUCCAAUGUUUUAUCAUAAUUGGUGAGAGAUUUCUCAACAACAAUGGUUUUAUGCAGUAAUUUAUGCGAUUCCAUUUCUUUCAUAACAGCUUGUUGUGUUUAUGACGUCACGUUGGUCACGUGUGAUGUCAACUGUGUGUCGAUAUUCCAUGCUCGAGUGAUUUUGAGUUGAAUUGAUAAUUUUCUUUAAAAACUUUUGUCCAUCUUUAACUGAAAAUUUAUGCAAUCGGUUUGUAACAAACGUAAACUGCUGCGAUUUCUUUAAUUAAUAUAAAUGUAUAAUAUAAAUGUACCACUGUU